AUGUCGUCGCACUACCUGCAGUUUCAGAAGGUGGCCAUCGACCGGGUCGAGCGGGUCAAGGCCAAGCUGGGCCUGAAGGAACGAAAGCACCACUCUUCGCAAGCGUCCGCCACCUCCGCGCACCAUGACAGGUCUCAGCUACUGGCCACACUCAAGACGGGCAAGUCCACACCCACGAACACCAUCGAGCGGCUGCACGCCAAGGACCUGCCGCUCGACACGUUCCUACGCAAGAACGAGAAGCUGUCCCGGCCCGUGGUCAUCCAGGGCCUGCUGAAAGAGUGGAAGGCGCUGGAGCGCUGGUCCCUCUACAACCUCGUCUCCAAGUACAGCGACGAUGAGUUCGUCGUGGGCCGCGACCAGAACGGGAACGUCGUCACGGUGAAGAUGAAGUACUUCGCCUACUACCUCAAGGAGUAUCGGGACCCGUCGCCUUUCCAGAUCGCCGACGACCUGUCAUCGGGCGGUAAGAAGAGGCUUCGCGAUGACUACGAGGUGCCGUCGUACUUCAAAGACGACAUCUUCAAGUACGCGAAAGAGUCUGACCUACCACCGACGCGCACCUUCAGCCUAGGACCCGCCCUGGCCGGGGAAAGAAUCCAGACGAACCCGCUGCACUGCAACCUGUGGAGCGCCCUGGUGCAGGGCACUCGACGCUGGUGUCUGUUCCCGCAUCACGUGCCGCAAGACCUGCUCUGCAACGAUAACAGGACAGCCCGCAAGGACCGCAGGCUCGAAACCGCUGUCGCGUGGUUCGAGCGCAUCUACCCGAAGACGCAGUCAUCUCGCUGGCCGCGCUACUUCAAGCCAUUGGAAAUUCUGCAGGCCGCUGGGGAGGUUGUUUUCGUGCCUGCUGGUUGGUGGUACGUGGUGAUCAACCUGGAGGUGUGUGUGGUGAUGUCCCAUCACCACUGCAGCGCGAGCAAGCUGACGAAAGCGUGGCCCAAGUUGACGCGCGGCAACAAGAAGCUAGAGCGGGCAUGGUUCGAGGCUCUGCGUCGUCGACGUCCAGAACUCGCCGUGCUGGUGCCACAGAAGCAGAAGCGGCGCUCGCGGGACAGCUACUCGGACACAAAGACUGGCGACAGCAGCGCCACCUCAUGCUCCAGCGACGUCGACAAGGACGGCUCCGACGAAGCGGAUUCGGACAACUCCUGA